GAGAGAGCCCCACCUCGAUCAUCAUGUCUCUAAUGCCCAGGGCGUCCUGGGUCUAGGCGGUGGGUUUACGCACUUCUGCCACAUAUAAAAGCAUCGACUAUCAUCAGAGAAUUCAUCAGAGAAGUGUGACGAUCGGUGACAAUAAAAAAAAAAAAAAAUUUUCGUUUUUUUUUUUUAUAAAUCCGUGGCAAAGUGGUUGCCGUUAUUUUUUUGGAAUGAAGAUGCGGUUUACCCUGGUAUUACUGGGGUGCCUACUGAUCGUCUCCACUCACGGAGAACCAGUAAGGGAAAAAAAAGAAGCACCAUUGUCACAAUAUGGACCACCGGCAGCAUCUUAUGGUACACCUGACGUUGGCCUAAGUGAUUCCUAUGGUGCACCACCAUCGGGACCAUCGGGUGGUGGUGAUUUGGGAUCAUCUUUUGCCGGUGAUCAUAGCUCAAUUGGAGGUUCCUUUGACAGUGGUCAUGGUACAGAUUUGUCAACAAAUUUUGCACCAUCAUCUUCUUAUGGUGCUCCUGCACCAUCGUAUGGUGCACCAGCUCCAAAUUAUGGUCCACCAGCACCAAAUUAUGGACCACCAGCACCAUCGUAUGGACCACCAGCUCCAACUUAUGGACCACCAGCGCCACAAGGAAAAUGGGAAAAAAAAUUAACAUGGAAGCAAGAAUUAAAGCAAAUAUGGAAAACCGAAUCAAAACUCACUUGGAAGCAGGAGUGGCAAAAAAUUGAAGUUCCCGUUUGGAAAAAUGAGCAAGUCUCUGUUUGGAAAGAAAUUCAAGUUCCUCAAUGGAAGAAAGUACAAAAACCAGUUUGGAAGGAAAUUCAAGUUCCCAUUUGGAAGGACGUUCAGGUUCCAGCUUGGAAAAAAAUUUGGAAACCAAUUUGGAAACAAGUGCAAGUGCCAAUUUGGAAAGAAGUACAAGUACCGGAUUGGAAGAAAAUUUGGGUACCCGAGUGGAUUAAAAUUGGAAUUCCUGGCGAACGUAUUGUAGGCAAGGACAAUGAGGGUUGGCAAUACACGAGUCAUGAUCUUUGGAAAAAGAAACUCAUUUGGAAGCCAGUUUGGAAAAAAGUUUGGAAAACAGAAAAGAAACAAGCUUGGGUUAAUGAUAAAAAAUUAGAAUGGAAACCAGAGUGGAAGCAAAUUUGGAAGACUGAGAAGAAACAAGCUUGGGUCACUGAUAAGAAAUUAAUUUGGAAAGAGGAGGAUGUUCAAGUUUGGGUACCACAGAAAAAACAAGUAUGGGAAAAUCAAAAGAAAAAGGUUUGGAAAACCGAGUGGAAGAGCAAAUGGGUUCCAGUACAUAAAAACGUUCAAGUGCCUGAGUGGAAAAAAAUUUGGAAACCCGUUUGGGAAAAGGUUUGGGUACAAGCACCAGUUCAUCACGAGGAUGAAGGAUACAAGUAUAAAUAAAUUUUUUUUUUUUCAAUCAAGCAAAUGAAAAAAAAAAAAAAAAAUUUCGUUAUAAAAAUGAAUGAAAAAUUCUGAAUUUCAUUUCUAUUUUGUGAAAAUGUUCAGAAUAUUUUUGUUUAUUUUUAUUUAUAGGCAUUAAAAAAAGAAAAUUGUUUUCUGGAGAAUUGUGUUAAAAUUCUUUUGGGAACGAAAAUUUGUUGAAUUGUCAAUUGUCGAGGAUUUAAUUAAUAUUGAGUUUGAUUGAUCCUCUAUUUUUAAUUGUUAUAUUUCUGCCAUUGUAAAGGGAUGAACAAUAGGAAAAAAAACGAUUAAUGCUGAGAAAUAUAUAUAUAUAAUUUCAUGAUUUUAUAAACAGAGAACAAAAACGAAGCUUUAAAUCGUUAUAAUGAAAAAACGUAUACAAGGAAAAUAACAUCGAAUUGUAUAUGAUACCUGAAUACUGUUAAAUAAUUAUCAUUUUCGUCUGUAAAUAAUGUUAAAUUUUUUUUUUGCUAUUGUAAGCGGAACUUUAGAAUUAAGGUAUUUUUUUGUACGAAUUGAGAAAUGAAUAUUUUUUUUUAUAUGAAUAAAAAUAUGUUUUUCUAGAAAGAA